AUUUCACAUAAAAUACGAAAACUGGCAUCUGUACCAUGCUGAACUGUUUAGGUGACCAUUUCAGGUUGGCUUUAAGUUUAAUAUAAAAUAUACCAGAGCACAAGCUUGAAUUUCAAGCCCAAGCUGAUCUCAAUUUCUGUAACUCUUUUUCAAGCCAACUAGAGCACAAACUUCAUAGUUUUGGCUCAUUCCAUUGACAUCCUAAUAUGGUGUUAGUUUAGCCAUCCAAAGCCUUAAGUCAGCUAACUGAAACACACACACACACACACACACACACACACACACACACACACACAUUGACAACACUCAUGAGGAACAAAGAUGAUUCAAAUCAAGAUUCCAAAAGUUUUUGGUGUUUUUGGUCAGGUAUGUACAUAGUUACCAAAGCUAUUUGUGGAACCAUGCUGCAAGUGUGAGAGUGCAAAAAUAUGGAACCAAUCAAGUUGUAUUGGGUGACCUGGUAUAUUGUAAAGGAGAUGAUGCUGGAACAGUGCCAGUAAGUAUCACUUCUGAACAUGAGGACGAUACUUCUGAAGACAUGGAUAAUUGUGGACAGUUGGAUGAAAUUUCCAGAACAGAUCUUCCUGAGGGGAGAAAUAGUCUUGUUAAGGCUGUAACUGUCGAAGAUAUCAAUUCUGGAAAUUAUACCAUUGAGGAUGUUGUCCUUCCUAUGCCUGGUUCAAGAGUAACGUAUCCUGUGAAUGAAGUUGCUGAUGUUUACCAUGAUAUGGCCAAGAAGGGCAAUAUUGAUUUGAAGGAGAGUGUUCAUAAUGUCAAGGAAUUUUCAAUAACUAGCGUAACUGGAAGCUAUAGGCGUGUUUUUCAGAAGCCAAUUGACUUUGAAUGGGAAUUACUCACAUAUACUGAUGGAAAUAUAGCAUUGGCAGAGACAGAUCUGGACAAAAUUGCCAAGACUAGACGAGUGAAUAUGGUUGAAGACAAACCAACCACUGGAAGUGAGGACAAAGCUCUGUUUGAUGGUAUCAAACAAUCAGAGAGCAUUGAAGAUGAUCUGAGUUCUUCAACUGUGAAUAUUGAUGUUAAGGAUGAGAAUCAAGUUGAACAGCCAGAAAAUCAAACGUUGCCUGACUCUACUCAGAUGGCUCUGAAGUUGGGCUUUACUCUUCCAUCUUCAUGUUAUGCCACGAUGGCAAUAAGAGAGCUGUUAAAGACAUCAACAUCGGUAGCUUUCCACAAGACAUUAAACCAGUAACAAAUUGCUUCUGAGAGGUAUACAACAUCCAGAUUAGUCAGGAAAAGCUUCAUGGGUUGAGAAUGAAGAAUGGAAAAUCAAGGUGAAAGAAUGAAGUAGUCUCUAAAUUUUGGAGGAUGUAAUUGACAGUAUCUUUUCCCCUGGAAUAGCUUUCCCCCUUCAGUCCGGAAAAGAAAAUGAAGAUGUACGAGAAUCAGUCUUCUCAUGUAUCAGUACUGGCAUACAAUUUCUUCCAUUAAUAAUUAUAUUGCCAUCUCUAACUAUUUCAUUUCAAAAUCAACUUAUUUAUUAUAUAAUCAGUCUUAGUUUACAAUGUAGAAUCAGUAUUCUAUUUUUAAAAGUAGAAGAAUCAAAUGCUGAAAGAACAAUUCUCCAAGUUUUGUGGCAUUCUAUUCUGGAAGUCUUCCAUGCAAUUGAAAUGGAGUUUA